AUGGGCAUUUCCGACAAUGACGUCCAAAAACAACUCCGUCAUAUGAUGGCUUUCAUCGAACAGGAAGCCACCGAAAAAGCUGAAGAAAUUGAUGCCAAGGCUGAAGAAGAAUUUAACAUUGAGAAGGGACGUCUUGUACAACAACAACGAACGAAGAUCAUGGAGUUCUACGAGAAAAAAGAAAAACAGGUUGAACUGCAGCGAAAAAUUCAAAGUUCGAACUCACUCAAUGCUGGACGUUUGAUGUGUCUAAAGGCUCGAGAAGAUCAUUUGCACAAUGUUUUGGAAGAAGCCAAGGCCAAUCUCUCGAAGAUCUCCGCUGAUCAAGCCCGCUAUCCAUCGAUCCUCAAGGGACUUAUCAUGCAGGCUUUCCUUCAAAUGUUGGAAAACGAGGUAGUGCUCCGGUGCCGAAAGCAAGACGAGCACCUCGUUGAUCAACUUUUACCUGAAUGUCUUGAUGCUUUGGAAAAGCAGUGGGGCAAACGAUCAAAGGUCUCACUUGAUCGUUCUCAUUACUUGCCCUCUGACUCAGCUGGUGGUGUUGAGGUCAGCGCGAAACAAGGAAAGAUUAAAGUGUCUUCUACACUUGAGAGUCGUCUCGAUCUUAUUGCAAACCAGAUUGUGCCUCAAAUUCGUACAGCUCUUUUCGGGCCGAACCAAAACCGCAAAUUCUUCGAC